AAUAAAUUCUCCUUCCUUUAGGUGCCUUAACUCCUACCAUCAUUUUUCAAAUCCCUUUCUCUCCUCUCUCUCUCUCUCUCUCUCUUACAGCCCCGAUGGACAUAUGGUACUUGUGCUGUGCUGUCUUUCUCAGCCUCUUGUCCUUGCGUUGUAGUAAGCUGAAUUGAAAAAGACGGAACUUCUUGCUGCUAUCGAGAGAGCAUUUGGCUGUCUAAGUAAUUAAGCUAAUACAUGUCGUUCUCAACCUCCUGUUGAUAGCUAAAAUUAGCUAAAAGCUAGGUUUUCUUUUUUUAUCUUUAUUUUCAUUUCUUCGCUGCAAAUUCAAUCUCAAAUGUUCCCGUCAAGCAACAAUGGCUAUGACCCCAUUUACUAUUAUAACGAACAACAAGGUUUCAAUAGGCCUUUUUUCAAUGAUAUCACUUUCAAUUCCAAACAUGAUCAAGAACAAGAACCUCCUUCUCCGAGUCUUUUUUCUUUCUUUCACUUGCCUCCUUUAAGUCCUUAUGGUCACUUAGAAUUUCAAGAUUAUGAUCUUUCUUUGCAUCAAAAUCAUGAUUGCUUACUUAGCCAUCAUCAACAACAACCCUUGAUGAUAUCUUUUGAUUCUGAGACAACAACCAUGUUGGAUUCCGAUAAAAAUGAUUUUAAGAACAAGAAAUGUCACAAUAACAUUACUACAACAACUGCUACUCUUACACCGAAGAGAUCUUCAAAGAGAGAUCGCCAUAGCAAGAUUAACACAGCUCAAGGACCAAGAGACCGCAGAAUGAGAUUGUCUCUAAAAGUUGCUCGAGAAUUCUUUGAUCUACAAGACAAGUUAUGUUUUGAUAAAGCAAGCAAAACUGUUGAGUGGCUACUCGAUCAAGCAAGAUCAGCCAUCAAGAAACUAUCUAGUGGCGGCAUCCCUAAUUACAGUUCGAGUGUACCCUCAAAAAGUUCAUCAUCUACAUCAGAGUGUGAAGUAGUAUCUGGAAAUGAUGAAUCAGCUGCCAUUAAAGCUACCAUUGCUAAAGGAAAACCGUCGUCGUCGUCUUUCCUUAACAAUAAAGGGGUCAAGAAGGCUAAAACAUUGCGUAAAACUGUGUUCCAUCCUCUUGCAAGAGAGUCGAGGGUGAAGGCAAGGGCGAGAGCGAGAGAAAGAACAAGAGAGAAGCUAUGGAAUAGAAAACUUGAUGAAUCAAAACCAUGUGAAGAAGGAAGAGACCAAGAAUUGAACCAAUUGAGUAUUUGUGAUCAAGAAUCUGGUAAUAAUACCAUUAACAAUCCUUCUUUAAUUAUGCAGCUAGCUCACGAGGUUGAAGCCCCAAGCUCUCACGGGCAAGACCAUCAUCCACUAGUUACUAUUGCUAAUACUACUACUGCAGAGAGCAUGAACAUGAUUGAUGAUUCUUUGGUGAUCAUGGAAAAAUGGAAUCCAUCUUCUCCCAUGAUCAAUUAUCUGUACAACACUGGAAUGCCGCAAGAGCAUCAAGUCACAGACUUGCAAUCUUUUUGCUAGUCAUGGGAGGCUUGUAACAGUUAAGAGUGGUUAAAUUCUCUCCCAUUUGAUCAUGAUGUGGAUGAUAUCUCAAAGCGAAGUGGUUGUACAAGAAUUUCAAGAAUUACUAUGUAUGGGUUUUCUCUUUCUGUUUGAAAUAUAAUGUAAAAUAGAGAAGUCUAUCUUUCUUUAUGCAAUUCUUGUGAAAGCUGUUUUAUCAAUGAGUAAUUGUUCAUUAGCACUCUUUAACUAAA